UUCAGUCCACGGCUGUCUUUCAACACGGACAGGCGAGAGGACAAAUACUUAUACCUAGAUUCGAAAUUCGAAAAUUUUUAAACUGGUGUUCGAUUAGUGAUUAUAAUUUUUUUGUUUUGAUUGUUUAUUAAAAAAAAUUUCCGUGCGAUUAUUUUGUGAACGACUGUACUUACUGUGCGGUACUGUGUUUGUGGUGCGGUAACUAUUUGGGUUAAAUUUUACGGAUAUUAUAGGGAUUGCCGAGAAAUAUGCGGCCACCGAUAUUGCUUCGAUGGAUGCUCACCGUGGUUCUGGUCAUAGCUGUCAUCGCUCCCACGUCAGACUCAACAACUGUCCGCAGAAGACUCCGGAAGCCAUCAAAGGUGUCCACAUCGGUUUCGUCCAGCGUCUCUAGAUCCACAGAUCAAGUUCUCUCAGCUAGCGUGAACAGACCAAAGAUUCGUGGUCGUCCUACAAUAGCCAGCAGAAAAUCAUCCGCGGCUUUGGACAACUCCGUCACCACCGAACAUCACAAAGAUAAGGAUGGAUACAAGAUCGUCUGCUAUUACACCAACUGGUCCCAAUACCGCACGAAGGUCGGGAAGUUCGUUCCCGAGGACAUUCAGCCCGAUCUCUGCACCCACAUCAUCUUCGCUUUCGGCUGGCUGAAGAAAGGAAAACUGAGCAGCUUCGAAUCGAACGACGAGACGAAAGACGGGAAGACCGGACUGUACGACAAGAUUAAUGGGCUGAAGAAAGGGAAUCCUAAACUAAAGACUCUAUUGGCAAUUGGCGGUUGGUCUUUCGGGACUCAGAAGUUCAAGGACAUGGUGGCUACCAGAUACGCCCGGCAGACGUUCAUCUACUCCGCGAUUCCUUACUUGAGGGACAGGAACUUUGACGGGCUCGACAUCGACUGGGAAUACCCCAAGGGUGGAGACGACAAGAAAAACUACGUGCUCCUGUUGAAAGUUAUAGCUGAUGUUUUCGAAGUCCUAUUAGCUCCAAUCUAA